CAGGCUGAGGAGGAAAAGCCCUGGAAACAUUUAUCUCCUUCUCUUUUCUCGCCACAGUCUCAGUAUUCUCACCCGUAUCCCCCGCUCUCCCUCCAGGUGAUCACUCCGUUCCGUCGGCUCAUCCUCUGCGCCGAGAACAGGAAAGAGAUGGAGGACUGGAUCAGUUCGCUGAAGUCCGUCCAGUCCAGAGAGCAUUACGAGACAGCACAGUUUAAUGUGGAACAUUUCUCAGGGAUGCACAACUGGUACGCCUGCUCCCACGCACGGCCCACCUUUUGCAACGUCUGCAAAGACAGCUUGUCUGGGGUCACGUCUCACGGCCUCUCCUGCGAAGGUAAGUAACACGCUCGAACGCUGCACACAUGCAAACCGUGGAACACAUAAUUGCUACUGUAUUUGUUUUUUGGUGAAGACAUCAUCGAGGACGAGGACGGGAUUGCGAUGCCUCACCAGUGGCUGGAAGGGAACCUGCCCGUCAGUGCCAAGUGUGCCGUGUGUGAUAAGACAUGUGGGAGCGUACUGAGGCUGCAGGACUGGCGCUGCCUCUGGUGCAAAGCGAUGGUGCACACAGCCUGUAUGGACCUGUACCCUCGCAAGUGUCCUCUGGGUCAGUGCAAAGUCUCCAUCAUUCCUCCUACAGCGCUCAACAGCAUUGACUCAGACGGCUUCUGGAAGGCAACCUGUCCUCCGUCAUGUGCCAGUCCCCUCCUGGUUUUUGUCAACUCCAAAAGUGGCGACAACCAGGGGGUGAAAUUCCUGCGGCGCUUCAAGCAGCUCCUCAACCCGGCACAAGUCUUUGACCUGGUCAACGGGGGGCCGCACCUCGGUCUGAGACUGUUUCAAAAGUUCGACAACUUCCGGAUUCUGGUGUGCGGGGGUGAUGGCAGUGUGGGCUGGGUCCUCUCAGAGAUCGACAAACUCAGUCUACACAAACAGUGCCAGCUGGGGGUGCUGCCGCUGGGCACGGGUAACGAUCUGGCUCGGGUCCUGGGCUGGGGCCCGUCCUGCGACGACGACACCCAGCUGCCCCAGAUCCUGGAGAAGCUGGAGAGGGCCAGCACCAAGAUGCUGGACCGCUGGAGCAUCAUGACCUACGAGAUUAAGAUCCCGCCCAAACACAGCUGCCCCACCACGCCUGAGGGAGCCGACGACUGCCAGUUUCAUAUUUCUGCCUACGAAGACUCGGUCGCUGCCCACCUCACAAAGAUCCUCAACUCCGAGCAGCACUCUGUGGUCAUCUCCGCCGCCAAGAUCCUUUGUGAAACGGUGAAGGAUUUUGUUGCCAAAGUGGGAAAAGCUUACGACAAAAGCACAGAGAACGCAGAGGAGUGUGACACCAUGUCUCUCAAAUGUGCCAUCCUGAACGAGAAACUGGACUCGCUCCUCCACGCCCUCAACACCGAGAGCCAGGCUCUGCCUCCGCUGCCCCACUCCACUCCUCCUAUAGUGGAGGAGGAGCAGGAGGAGGAGGAAGAGGAGGAGGAGGAGGCCAGCGAAGAGAGCCUGACGGAGCUGAAGGAGAAGCUGGAGGAGGAGGAGACGGAGAAAGGAGGAGGAUGCGGCAGCUCCCAACACCAGCUGUUCAAAAGCAGGGAGCAGCUGAUGCUCCGGGCCAACAGUCUGAAGAAAGCUGUGAGACAGAUCAUAGAGCAGGCGGAGAGAGUGGUUGACGAGCAGAACUCCCACACGGAGGACACCGAGCUGCCGUCUCCCCUGGAGUUCAGGAAGGACAGCGAGGAGGAGAACAGGGACAGUGAGAAGGAUGAAGACACCAAGGAACUGGAGACGCUGCCAUGUGAGUGCAUCAUUGACCAGGAGGAGGCUCGGACGUCUCCUCCCUCCUCCUGA